GUGCCAUGGAGGAAUCGAGUAGUUGACGUUUCCUGUUGCAACCUUCUCUUUUUAAGCUUUCUUCCCGUCUGAUCAUUCCGAUCCAGAAUCAAGUUUUGACGCUUUGAAUUCUCAGUUUACGAGCUCUGACCAUUCAGAACCAUGAAGUACAUCAUCGGCAUUGGCGGCGUUACCAACGGAGGGAAAACCACCCUCACCAACAGACUGAUGAAGAACCUGCCCAACUGUUGUGUGGUCCACCAGGAUGACUUCUUCAAGCCCCAAGAUCAGAUUGAAGAUGGUGAAGAUGGCUUUAAGCAGUACGAUGUCAUCACUGCUCUGGACAUGGACGCCAUGAUGAGCACAAUCUACGCAUGGUUGGAGAACCCAGUGAAGUUUGAGAAAUCUCAUGGCGUUAAUAACACCCUGGAUACUGAGAUCGUCCCAAAGUCUGACAAUAAGGAAGAGGGGGAGACUCACAUCCUUAUUGUGGAAGGCUUUCUGCUCUACACCUUUGAGCCUUUGAUCGACGUGUUGAACCAACGCUACUUUAUUUCCAUCCCGUACGAAGAAUGCAAAAAGAGGAGGUGCUCAAGGAACUACUCGGUGCCAGACCCCCCCGGCCUGUUUGAUGGUCAUGUCUGGCCCAUGUAUUUGAAACACAAAAACAUUCUAUUUCAAUCUCAACAGGGCAGAUGGAGCGGGACAGGAA